AAUUAUACCUCUGCAGACUCACUUCCUAAGCCCUCUAGGAAGAAUCAGUAAAGCUAACUGGAACCCAGAGGGUCCUUUAGUCUCUGCCUCCUAAAGGCUGACAGACAGAUCCUGCAGGGAGUACUCGCCUCAUGGAGUCCACUCCCGUCCUCCUGCUUCUCUGUCUGUACUCAGCUGGUCUCGUCCUCGGUUCUGAACAUGAAACCCGCCUCGUUGCAAAGUUAUUUGAAAACUACAACAGUGUAGUGAGGCCAGUGGAAGACCACCGGCAAGCAGUGGAGGUCACUGUGGGCCUGCAGCUGAUUCAGCUCAUCAACGUGGAUGAAGUAAAUCAAAUUGUAACCACCAAUGUUCGUCUGAAGCAGCAAUGGAUAGAUUACAAUUUAAAAUGGAAUCCAGAAGAUUAUGGUGGCUUGAAAAAAAUUCACAUUUCAUCUGAAAAUAUCUGGCGCCCAGACCUUGUUCUCUAUAACAAUGCCAAUGGUGACUUUGCCAUUGUCAAAUUCACCAAAGUUCUUUUGGACUACACUGGACACAUCACAUGGACUCCUCCAGCCAUCUUUAAAAGCUACUGUGAAAUCAUAGUUACCCAUUUUCCUUUUGAUGAGCAGAACUGCAGCAUGAAACUGGGUACAUGGACCUAUGAUGGCUCAGUGGUUGCCAUUAAUCCAGAGAAUGACCGACCUGAUCUGAGCAACUUCAUGGAGAGUGGAGAAUGGGUGAUUAAGGAAUCAAGAGGAUGGAAACACUGGGUUUUUUAUGCCUGUUGCCCUGACACUCCCUACCUGGAUAUCACUUAUCAUUUUGUUAUGCAGCGUCUGCCUCUCUAUUUCAUUGUAAAUGUCAUUAUUCCCUGCCUACUCUUCUCCUUCCUCACUGGCCUGGUAUUCUACCUGCCUACAGAUUCAGGGGAAAAGAUGACCUUGAGUAUUUCCGUCUUACUUUCUUUGACUGUGUUCCUCUUGGUUAUUGUGGAGCUGAUUCCCUCCACCUCCAGCGCAGUGCCCUUAAUAGGCAAAUACAUGUUGUUCACCAUGGUCUUUGUCAUUGCGUCAAUCAUCAUCACAGUGAUAGUCAUCAACACUCACCACCGCUCUCCAAGUACUCACAUCAUGCCUGAAUGGGUGAGGAAGGUUUUCAUUCACACAAUCCCAAAUGUCAUGUUCUUUUCGACAAUGAAACGACCAUCCAGAGAAAAACAAGAAAAGAAGAUUUUUACAGAAGACAUUGACAUUUCUGAGAUUUCUGGAAAACCAGGACCCCAAACCAUGACCUUUCAUUCUCCACUCAUCAAACAUCCUGAUGUGAAGAGUGCCAUCGAGGGAGUCAAAUAUAUUGCCGAAACCAUGAAAUCAGAGCAAGAAUCCAAUAAUGCUGCUGAGGAAUGGAAGUUUGUGGCAAUGGUCAUGGAUCAUAUUCUGCUUGUUGUCUUCAUGCUAGUGUGUAUUAUUGGAACCCUGGCUGUAUUUGCUGGCCGUCUCAUUGAGUUAAAUCAGCAAGGAUGAAUAUGAAAGUAGAUCUCCUCCAGCAGAGAGGCAGGAGGAGAUGGAAGAAGAGAAGAAAUGAACUAAUUUCAUACACUCUCAUUUGUCUUUACCUAGCUCCCAUUGUACCCAAACAGGAGAGUGAAAUUUUUUCAAUAAAUGUAUCAAGAUCUCAAAA